AAAUACUCCCUGUAGCUUAGUAAUAGAGAAACCGGGAAAAUGUAGUUAACAUCGUGAUAACAUCUAAUACGUUAUUACAGACUUAUUUGCGUAAUUUAUGUAUCAAGGGCUAUUUCUGCCCAAGCUUGCGCGUUUGUACUGCAAGAAGUGUUUUGUUAAACAUGUUUACCGUUGUGUGUUUCGAUUAGCGCGUUUGUUUAAUAUAUUCUAUUUGCAGGUUGUCCUUCACUAAAAGCUUUGAGAACAAACAACUGCACCCCUCCAUCACAGGAAUCUGAAGAUUCAGAUGACGAACAAGAACAAUAAUAAACACAAGAAGAAUGUGUAGUCAGCAGUUUUGUACGACCCCAUUAGUUGCUCUGCUUCCAUUCUCUGUCAGUCGCGUCUCCCUUCCACCCUUAAGAAAGUUUGCUUUGAUUUAGAGAAGAAAGCUUCUUAUAGUCUUAAAGUGAAAGUCAAUACGUUCUUAGGGAAGAAUGCUUUGUUUUUGUUUGGUUUUUUUUUUUUACUUAAAGCACCAGUCAUAACUGCCACCGUAAUUUCUCCUCUCUGAGACCGUUCUUUCACAUACUUCUAUAUACUCUAAGCCUAGACUUCCUGCGAGUCGAUCGAUGGUGUGACGUCUUUGAAUUAUGCAAAUUAGGAAAGUGAUGACGUCAUAAGUUCCUUUUAAACUAUAAGCAGCAAUUAUUUUUUUCAUUUCAUAGGCACUUUAACCUUUGGCCGCAUAAAGCCGUCCUUUUGUAUUCAAGUUUGAUUCUUGCGCUGUUUGCGAAUUUGUUUUCAAAGUAAUUUAAUGAAGUUGGGUCAUUUAGAAACCAGCCAACUUGUUGUUAUUGUUUGUGAAAUAUUGAUAUUCGAUUGUAUGAGGAGAGUUGACUUUUUUUGACACUUUUGGUGUAAUUGUAAUACAGUUGAAAACUGUGUGAUGGUUAAAUAGCAAGUAUAAAAGAGAUAAGAAAUAACUAUAAUAAUGAGUUUUAAUUUAAGUGCAUGGUUCGUUUAAAAAUAUAUGACUUUUAUUCGAGAAUAUUUAACAAUAAAUUCGUUCGUGAACUUGAUCAAUCUAAUGUAUGCAUUUGCAGUUUUUCUAAGGCCAAUUCUUUCUUUUUAAUUUUUUAAACUAUACUUAUUUUCUUGGAUUAUGUUUCCGUACAUUUUAAUUCCUCCAGUCAAUCGACCAGGCUAGGGUUGACCGUGUAAUUUUUCACACAGGCUAAUACAGUAUAACAGGCGGCGAAAAGCGAGACCCGGAGGGGAGCCCCACCCACUACCGGUAAAAUUGUAAAAUUAGGCGAUUUCAUUGCUGGGGGUUGUGUUGUAUUAACUUACGGAAAAGGAGUUGUUCAUGAGCAUAACAUGUAUCAGCGGAAUAGACCAAAUAAACUAAUGUAAAAUUUAUUGAUAUGGAUAUAUGUGGAAAUUUUUGAUGACCGGAACAGACGGCUAUUUUCGUCUUCACAGCCGGUGGAAUUCCGACGGCUGCUAGCUUCUGCUGAGAACCCUGCAAGGGACAACGCAUUUGAUACCAUUUAAGGACAGACAUAAGGGUAGACAUACUCCUUACUAGUAAGGGGUGACAUCGGAACAUCGAUAGAUCAGUCGGAAGAUUGCCGAAACCGAAGUUCUCCAUUACUGAAAGAACCCGAAGUGUUUCCAAUGGCUGUCUUCUUUGCAAAAUCUUUUAAUAUCUUUCUUCGUACUUGGGAGUUUUGUGAACUUCAGUUCAUAGUACCAGUCGAAAUUCAGGGUCAGCAAACGUGCUAAACAAAUUAAGUGAAUUGUAAAGUUUUUAUGCCUAUGGUUCCCAUGGAAAUUUUUUCUACGGAUGAACUAUAGUUUCAACUCCCUUCCGGUGCAAACAGUUUGAGCCUGUGAUCUUUGUCCUGUGGAGUCACCAAAAAAAUCACGUGAGCUCUAUAAAAGGCGUGAUUUGAUUGGCUGACGUUGUGUUUGAAAGAAGUGGAGGGAAAAAACGAACAAGAUGGCCGAGCGGUGAAGGAGGUUUCUUCUCGAGCAGUUUUUCGUUUGGAUUUAGCUAAGGAUAUUACGCAUUUACGCCAUUCAAGUUCCUGAAAGAAUCAAUCAUGUCUGUUGCAACACUUGUUGGAUCUUUUGACGAUGUCGUUCGCUCCGCAUCGGUUCUCGCCGAAGGAAUUGAAGGAGAAUUUAUCAAAUUCGUAUCACAACAAGAAGAAUGCCGGAAGAAAUGGCUCGCUGCAGAGAAUGAAGCUGUUCGAUUGAAACAAGACAUCGCGAAAAUCACGGCUGAAAAUGAAGCGCUUGAAGUAAAACUGAAGCAUGCGAGGAGUCAAGUUGACAUAGAAAUCAAGAAAAGAAUGAAAGCAGAAGCAGCUCAAGAUCACUUGGAAAGGCAAGUCGCACUGAUCCGCGAACUUUUGAAUGACAAGGACACAAUGAGCAGGUUGAAUGACAAUGAGAGACAGACACUGAUGCAGUUGAGCCAGUGUCACCACGAGGACAUGACUAGCCCUAGGAAAAGGCGUUUUAGUGUUCAAGAUGAAUCAACUGGUUCCAUAUUAUCUCCCUCGGACAUCAGUUAUGAUAACACAGAAGAAGACUUGGAUGUGUCUCAUCCCAGGAAACCUAUUAGAAAGCCUCGACCAUCAGGGCCAGAGCUUGAUGUAAGUUUAACUGUUCUAUUAACACCUUUGAUCGUUAAUUUACACAACAAAAUUGCUUCACAAAGCGGAAAAGGGCCAGCUAAAAAAGACAAAAAACAUGCACUCUGCUCCAAGACUGUGAUUAGACCAGAGUCUUGUCAACCAUGUAACAAGAGGAUAAAAUUUGGAAAACUUGCCUUGAAAUGCAAAGAUUGUCGAGCUGUGUGUCAUCCUGACUGUAAGGACCAACUCCCCCUGCCUUGUGUACCAUGCAGUGAAACUCCAGGCUCUGGAAAAAGACGUCCAGAUGAAAACAUUGAGUUUUAUGCCCCCUCCACAGGUCCUAUGGUUCCAGAGAUUGUUAUCAAAUGUAUCGAAGAAAUUGAACGUCGUGGUCUUACAGAAGUUGGAAUCUACAGGGUGCCAGGAGCCGAGCGAAGUGUUAAGGAACUAAAGGAAAAGUUUUUGCAAGGAAAAAUUCCUGAUCUGCGCAAAGUUGAAGACAUCCACGUUGUUUGCGGACUGCUGAAAGAUUUCUUCAGGAAGCUCGCCGAGCCUCUUGUUACGUACUACUUGUGGUCAGCAUUCGUAGAUGCAGCAAACAAGACUGAUGAAGAUGACAGCGCUAGUGCUACGUAUCAAGCAGUCAGCGAACUACCUCAAGCAAACAGAGACACACUGGCCUAUCUUGUCGUUCAUUUACAGAAAGUUUCCCAUUGCACUGAAUGUAAAAUGUCAGCGAGUAACCUGGCUAAAGUGUUUGGUCCGACCAUCGUUCAAAAUUCCUCCAGUAACCUUGAACCUAUGCAGAUGUUACAAGAGGCAAAGUGGCAGCCGAAGGUGGUUGAGCGGCUUUUAUCCAUGCCUGUUGACUACUGGAAUCAGUUUAUAAACAUUGAAGACGAGAACAUUCGAUCUCCCCCGUACAACCCUCAUCACGCAGACGGAACUCCUUUAACUCCCGAGUGUAGACCCGUACCGGAGAGCAUGCUGGGACCCUUGACAGCUUCAAAUGCUAAGUCAGUGAAGAAGAAGGGAAGCUUUCUCUCCAGGACUCCUCUGACACCAAGGUUUGGAAGUAAAAGCAAGCACCCGAGCAAGAGACCAACCCACUUCUUCGCCUCGCCGAUGUUGAAAUAGAUUGUUCAUUAACAGUACAAAUCUCUAAAACAGUGUAAAAGGCUGAUGUAAUGUUUAUGUAUCUACAGGCCACGUGUCGGCCUUUCUCCUUAUUUGAUAUGUAAAGUAAAAAGCCAUCCUUUGAUGACUUGCCGAGUAAUACGACGCUCAACGCACGAUUCUUAUACAAUAGAUUGAUUUAAGUAUUACACAUUGUGGCCCUGUGGGUUCACAUGGUAAAAUAUCACUACUAACUGCGUUCUAAAGGAAAAGCUGCCAUUAUAUUUUUCUGUAAGAUUUUUUGAGGUUUUGCACCAUGCGUUUAAUUCAUCUUUGCCGUGACGAGCGCAUCUUCCGCAAGCUGAAGUCCCAAAUCAGGCUCCAGCCUCAAACGUUACUGGAUAUGUAGAAAAAUACUACUCAAAUCAAACUUAAGGUUUCUCGAGUUUUUCUUCGGGGAUGGCGAUCGUUAUAGUGAAAUGUGGAAGUGUCUGACCUAAGAGCUACAUCGAUCGUCUGUAAAUAUGAUACCAGUUUGAAUAUUGUUUCCCAAACUGUUACAGAAGAGUAAUUUGAACAAAACAAUCCUCGCUUUACAUCAAAAGCAACCUGGAGAAAUUGUCCCAUUGUUUAACUCUGUCAAGAUUCUGCAUUUUCUGUCGUUUUUGUUAGGUCUGAUAUUUCUGCUUCGUUGAGACUAACCUAACGACCCUAAGGAUACAUCCUUGCGCAAAAGAAAUCUCAGAACACACAGGAUUGUAACCAAAUAUUGUUGUAGUUUCCUUUAUUGUAUCACUCCGGGAUCUCUAUGUGCUGAAUACAAUGUUUGUACCUUUAGUAACCCUAUCUUUAUGACUUGUUAAAAGAAACGCCGCCAAUUGAGAAGAUUUUGCCGACAAACUGUCCACAAUCCACACUGUUCUUGCCUCUUGUAGAGCAUAGCAUAACAGCGAUUUUAUUUUAAGACAUAGCUUUUGUCACUUUGUAAUAUUAUUUGAUAUACAGAUUAAACUACCAAGCAGUCUGCGAUCUUACAAGACUGCGUUACAACCA